AUGCUGAUGACCAACACCCCUUGUAUCGGUAUUGCUAGGGUUGGGUACGAUCAUGGGUUACCCGAUCGUAACUGGCUUAGUGAAAACGUUCUAAAGGAAAAACUGUGUGGUCAACGUCGUAGUAUAUUGGUGGCAGUACCUGGAACGAUACUCCAGCCUGUGUGGAAAGCCAAGCGAGGAAAAUUCAAGGUUAAAGGAACAAAGACCCCGUAUAACUGCAUUUGGCCACGACAGAAGGACUUGGGCAGACGAAAGUCCUACUCGUUGAAUUUCGAAGAGCCAAAAGUUUCGAAGUGCAUUGUGUAUUUUAAGAGAUACAAAAGGACAUUUCGAAAGAGAAUGAAAGGUGAAAAUCGGUUGGUUUCAUUGGUCGAAAACAUGAUUGAGGUGGUGGCUGAAGUUGUGAAGAGCUUGAAGGUGGUGCAAACGAAACGACGAUGUUAUAGACCACGCUUAUGCUACGUAUGUAGAUGCCCAGGACAUUUGGCUCAAUCAUGUCCAUCGCAAGUACAACCUAUGAUUAUGGUUAAAGAAAAGGAUCAGAAUAUGAGCUGGAAAAGAAAUCGGCAAGAGAAAAAGAAAAGGGAUACAAAUCCGAAUGAAGUCCAAAAUGUACAGAUCUUUAGGUGCGUGGAUGAAGAAAUUAAAGGUUUUCGAAACCCAGAAACGAGAAAUGGAAUGUUGGUGAAAGGUCAUACGAAGAAUCACGUGAGCUUACCUAAUUCAAGACAAUGGACCAAGGUGUGUAGUAACGGAUCUAAUAGUGGAAAUGUGAGACCCAGAGCGUCGAAUGACUGGAGGAUAUCUUAUAACGUCAAAG